AUGGGUCAAGAACUGGCAGUGGGGAUGUGCUGCGCGCUUCGCGCUCCCGCUGUGGCUGGCCCGGUGCUGAGCCGCCGCCCUAUCGACCGGGCUACAGGUAACAGGCACGCGGCGCCGGCCGAUCUGGGCGCGCCCUGCGAACGCGGCAAAACUGGCGAUGUUCUUCCCCCGCUGGAUGCUAAGAUACCCAGUCCCAUCGCUAGAGGUGUCCUCCAGAGAACAGGUGCACUUGACCUUUUGCAGCUGGUGUGCAACACCAGGCUGCAGAGGCAACGGGAGACCUAACACAGCCGGGGCACCUGGCUCUAUCUAACUUAGCUGAUGUUUGCAGAUACUUUCCACGUAUUUCCCCACCCAAUAAGGUGGCAGUGAGUGGCGUCUAUUAAAGAAAUAAUUAUUACUGAAUUAAAAAUCGUCUCUUGCAAUCAUUUUCAUACCAAUUUCUCGAAAUAGUUGAUUCCUUGAUCUAAUACAAAGAUCACAGGAAACUGUUCUCUUUUCAUUUCAUCGUAUCUGUAGUUCUCUCCUCGAUACCCCACAACGUUCAUUGACUGAAACGUGUCCUCUUUUGCCUACAGGAGAGGUUUCAAGGUCGGGCUCCCUCUUUCUUUACGACCAACAAUUUCCCUACAAGCGUCGAUUGCGGUUGCGAAAUAAUGAGAAACGCGACGGUCCUAAUUAAAAAGAAGCAGACGGGAUGCUUCCAUUCUGCAGAAGCAAAGGGAAUUACCACUGUCGGUGGUCGAUAUUAACAGCCGUUUCUUGCGAUGAGAAAGCUUGCGAAAAACGUGGGGAGGAAACAUCAAAUUUUUUUCUGUGAUCACAUGGAUAAUUUUAUUAUUCCCCAAAUUAUACUGGUGUCAAAAUGUUCGGUAUAGGUAUUCAGAACUUUUGCUAUCGUUGAAGACCAAUCAAAAUAAUGAUGACUAUUUUAUGAUCCACAUUUCGUCACAUUGUCAGUAAACAAGAAAAGUGACUAAGUAUAAAAAUAAGUGUCAUUUUGCAGGACAACGGUAUAAAUUUGAGCGGAGCCGAAUUUUUAGUAUUUUAAAAUAGCCAUGCUUAAGUAGUGAAGAAAUAUAUU